AUAAAAUUAUCAAGGGAUGAGUAUAUGACGAAAAAUUAUACAACAUUUUUCGCAAAUAUCUUUUUUGAAAUAAGUCAUAUAAAUGUGUAUAAAUAACGCCUAUUUAUUUGAUUAAUUGGGCAAAAUUUAAAUGUGCUCAAUUAAAACAACAAUUACUCAAAAAUGUCGCCACACACACAAAUAUAUAUGGAAAUAUAUAUACAUAUAACGACCUCAGAAAUUUUGUUGACCAAACACAUUAUAUUUAUCAUGAAGACACGUACAGAGAAUCAGUCAGUCUUUCGUGGUCUUUCGAACCACGUGGUGGUGAAGAUAUAAUACUUUUAAUAAAGUGUGUGAAUAUAUUAUAUUCUUCCAACAUUGAAUACUUCUAAAGCAUUAUUUGCUGUAGUUCAUUUUUAAAACGAUAUAUAAUUUUCCAAUUAACAUUCUGUUUCGAAAUAUUCGUGUGCAUUACAGAUCUAAAGUAAAUAUUCUUUUUCCGACAUGAUAUUUCUAAAACUAUUAUUAAGUAGCGGACUAAUGUUUAUCGCUGAGACGACUUUCGUUCUUCAUGAAUCAUCUUUAUGCUAUCAACCAUCAAAAUAUAUAAAACCAAUCCAUUACGAUAUCAAGCUUAUAUCAUAUAUUGAAGGAAAUAUUUUCUAUGGAGAAUACAAUAUCAGCAUAAGCAUUCUUAACAAAACGAAAGACAUAUUUUUACAUUCAGAAAAUUUAUAUAUUAAAAAUCUAGUUAUAUCUAUAUAUGUAAAAAAAUAUUAUAAAGAUGCAGUUUAUGAAUGGACACACAAUAUUACAGAAGAAAAAAUUAUUAUUCGGUUUUCGCAUGAGUUAUCACCAGGAAAUUACCUUUUAAAUAUAAAAUAUCAUGGCAUUGCUGAUGAAGUUUUUAGAAUUUUCAACGUGAAAAAAAACUUGCUUUCGUAGGUGUUACUCAUUUCCAUAUAAUAGGCGCUCGACAAUUGUCUUCAUGUUGGGGUCAACAAAAUUUAUUGUUAGAAGGAACCUUUAACAUAUCUAUAGGAUGUAAUCGAUGCACGGCUUUGUCAAAUAUGCCAUUGCAAAAUACAGAAAAAAAUAAGCACAAUAUGUUGUGGACACACUUUGAUACCACACCCGCAAUGUCGCCGUAUCUUGCAACAAUAAUUAUAUCCAAUUACUUAUUACGUGUUGAUAAUAAUACUCAAAAUAUUCAAAUGUGGUGCCGAAACGAAAUUGUAUUUCACAUGGAAUUUGCAAAGGAUGUAGCUGAAAAUAUCACGUUGUUCUAUAAAAAUAAAUGGAAACAACGUUCGAACAAUAUUUCGAAGAUAACUCAUGUUGCAAUUCCAAAUUUCCCUGAUAAUGGCAUAAUAGUUUUCGGACUUGUUCUGUAUAACGAAAACAAUAUCAUCUACAAUGAAAAUUUAUAUCCUGAUGCUCACAAAAUCGAAGUAGCUCAAUUAGUAGGAUAUAAAGUGACACAGCAAUGGUUUUAUAAUCUGACUAAUCCGUUUCGAUCGGCUUGUUGGUUUGAAAAAGCUCUUACUACAUUGCUUGCAACGUAUGCUGUCAAUGAGAUUUAUCCAGAUAAUCGAAUAAUAAAUUUAUUUGUUGUUCAAAAUCAACAUACUUCUUUUUAUUUGGAUGGUGAUUAUCGUAUGUGGAAUUCUACUUCAGAAGAUGACAGUUUAUUGAAAAUUCGCGAAUCCAUCAGAGGACCCUUUAUACUGCGCAUGAUGCAAUACGCCUUUACCGAAGAAAUAUUUUGGAAAAACGUUCGCUCAUAUACAAAUAGCACGGCUUCAAGGUAUUCUUCUUCACAGUCGGUGGCUUCUACAUUGCAUAUCUGUUGCUUCUUAUUUUGAAGGCGUAUAGCGAACUACGAUCUAUGCCAUACUUUGAUCUUCGUCUGCGGUUCUUGACACUACUUGCUGCGGUUGUCGCCGGCGUCUGCAGUUUGGUCACGGCUCGUCAAUUUGGAGCCGGAGUUUUAGAAGACAGUUUUGCCUCUCGCCUUUCGACUUAUUAUCGCACAUCCGCGCAAUUCAUGGCCCUUUACGGUCUCCUUAAUUUUUAUCUGUACACCAUGGCGUACGUUUACGCGCCCGCACUCCAGCAGGUCUACGGACAACAUUCAUCGAUAACGAAAGAUAAUCCUGCGUUCUCGAUGUUUAACGACUCAGAGGAGGAAGUUAUAUACGGUUCGGACGAGGAUAGUCGGCGACCGCUGACUCGUGUUCCGCGAAACGCGGAGGACAGUGACUGAGGGCCUUAAAAAAGAAUUUAUUAACUACUUCUUACGCUCUAAGCGUAAAUAUAUUUGUUAAACGCGGAAAUAAUGAGAGAAGCAACAAUUUUUCUGAUUCAAUGAGAAUUUCUAGUCUGAUUCGCAGUCCUACUGCCGUCAUUAAAAGCUGCAAAAGAGAAAGAGAGAGACCCAGAUAGCAAAUGUACGUUUUGACGUUUAAUGUCAGUUUGUUACUACUUGGGAAAAAACAAAUUGAAGUUGCGUAUAGGUAAUUUGUUAAAUAAACAAAUAUUAAUUUUAAACAAGGAUUUGUCACGUUUCAUGCAGUAUUCGAGAAGAUGUAUAUAAAAAAUAUAUACACUAAUAUUUAUGUAUCGUGUAUAGAGAUAAAUGUAAGAACUGACGGAAAGAAAAUGAAGAUGACGCGGAAUGAGGAACGGAAAAUAGGAAAAAAAUAGAAAAAAGGAAUUUAGAAAAUUUUUUAAAUAAUGC